GCAACAAAUCAGAUAUUCCUUGUACUUGCCUCCUACAUCACCUUCCCGCACAGCCAUGACUUCCACCUUGUUCCUUUCUUCGCUUCAAUCCACCGCAUCCCCUCGAAACUGCAGGUUCCAUAUGCCGUCCUCGUCGUCUGGGUCUGGUCGGCCCAGUUUUGAUUCGUUUGAUACGAUAUGUCGUCGACGACGACGAGCUUGGGAGUCUGCCAAGGCCAGCGUCGGGGUCGAACCACGACCCACGGUCUCCGUCGGACCGGCCGAGACCGGGCCCGUCGACUGCGGCGGGAAGCUCGCCGCCUGGACUAGCAUCCGGCAAGAGCGGUGGGAAGGGAAGCUGGUCGUGGAGGGAGACGUCCCUCGCUGGCUGAACGGUACAUACCUGAGGAACGGCCCGGGCUUAUGGCACAUCGAUGAGUACAACUUCCGCCACCUGUUCGAUGGCUACGCCACCCUCGUCCGUGUCUACUUCGAGCAGGGCCGCGUCAUGGCCUCGCACCGCCAGGUCGAGUCCGAGGCGUACAAGGCCGCCAUGAAGAACCGGCGGCUCUGCUACCGCGAAUUCUCUGAGGCCCCCAAGCCGGCCAACUUCCUCGCGUACGUGGGCGAGGUCGCCAGCCUCUUCUCCGGCGCGUCGCUCACCGACAACUCCAACACCGGCGUCGUGAGGCUCGGCGACGGCCGUGUUCUCUGCCUCACGGAGACCAUCAAGGGCUCCAUCCAGAUCGACCCCGACACGCUCGAGACCAUAGGAAAGUUCGUGUACGAAGACAACCUGGGCGGGCUGAUACACUCGGCGCAUCCGAUCGUGACGGAGUCGGAGUUUUUGACGCUGUUGCCGGACCUCGUGAGACCGGGGUACUUGGUGGUGACGAUGAAGCCCGGCAGCAACGAGCGGAGGGUGAUGGGGAGGGUGAACUGCCGCGGGGGCGCGGCGCCCGGGUGGGUGCACUCGUUCGCGGUGACGGACCGGUACGUGGUGGUGCCGGAGAUGCCGCUGAGGUACUGCGUCCACAACCUGCUGAGGGCUGAGCCAACCCCGCUGUACAAGUUCGAGUGGCAUCCCGAGUCCGGGAGCUACAUGCACGUCAUGUCCAGAGCCACCGGAAAGAUCGUGGCAAGCGUUGAAGUCCCUCCAUUCGUGACCUUCCAUUUCAUCAAUGCAUACGAGGAGGUAGACGAGGACGGAAGGAUCACCGGAGUCGUAGCCGAUUGCUGCGAGCAUAACGCCGACACCAGCAUCCUGGAUUUGCUUCGCCUCCAAAAUCUGAGAUCAUUUACCGGUCUUGAUGCAUUGCCGGAUGCCAGGGUAGGCAGGUUUAGGAUUCCUUUGGACGGGCGUCCGAGGGGGGAGCUGCAUGCAGCACUGGACCCAGAGGAGCACGGCAGAGGAAUGGACAUGUGCAGCAUCAACCCGGCCAACCUGGGCAAGAAGUACAGAUACGCCUACGCCUGCGGGGCCAAACGCCCCUGCAACUUCCCCAACACCCUCACCAAGAUCGAUUUGGUGGAGAAGAAGGCGAAGAACUGGUACGAGAACGGUGCAGUGCCUUCAGAGCCAUUCUUCGUGGCGAGGCCAGGGGCCAUCGAGGAGGAUGACGGCGUGGUGAUCUCCGUAGUGAGCGACAAAAACGGAGAAGGGUACGCACUGGUUUUGGACGGGGUCACCUUUGAGGAGAUCGCACGAGCCAAGUUCCCCUACGGACUUCCCUAUGGGCUGCACGGGUGCUGGGUUCCAAACAAGUAGCACAACUCGUGUUCUUAAGCUGCAGUAAUGGCGAGCAGCAUCGUGUAAAUCCUAGAGAUCAUACCAUUCCCCAUCUCUCUUUUAUAUAAAGUGGUCUAAUUGGCUGGAGUCUCUGUGUAGUUCCUAUAUCGUUGAAAUAUAGGGUAGAAUAUGGUAUUGUUAUACUAUAGCGAAAAUAAUCGCAAGAUGUUGGAAGAAAAUGUUCGAUGGUAAUGCUCAUCGGUUCGGCAGUGGGCCAUACUAAAGUUUGACACGUAGCUUCAGCCAGUAGUGGGCCCCGGCUCAGCCCCACAUAAGAAAGAACGACUGCCCUUAUCGCGAUCCUUCGCGCUUCUUCCACCUCUGGAAGCCACACCGAAUCCCGCCUCCGAAACCCUAGUCUCCUCCGCCGCCGCCGGCGUAGCCGACUGCGACAAGGAGGUCCCGGUCCUCCGCUAUACUCUGCGACCAGAUUCUCCCUUUUUCUCAACCCACCUUCGUCACCCUCCUCUGCACCCGUAACCGUCGAGCUUCCUUCGCGGUCUUGCCCUCGAUUCCCUGUCUCUCUCUCAUGUUUCUGAUCUUGUCUUAUUUCAUAGGGCUUCGACUGGAGAAGAAAGCAACACGUCGACGAUAAAUCCCAGGGUCUGGUUCUGGAGCUUGGCUGCUGGUUAAUAAUUCGGAAGGAAGGGAUGAUGACCAUCGGUUAUGUGUCGCAAGAUGGAAAAUCCUGUCUGCUUCCAGGGAUACCCAGAAGAGCUAUUCUGUCAUCGUAUUCAUGUCAUAGAAGCCAGCAGCUGUUCGUUGGUAGCAAACCCAUCCCUUCCUUUAGUUCAACGAGGACAUCUGUGACUUGCAAUGCUAGUUAUAACAAUUAUAAGAGAAAUCCUUAUUUCUCUAGACAACCGAAGGGGUCUUCAAGGGGCAAGAAGAAGCAAUACCAAGAGUCUGAGCAGUCUGACAACACUGAAGUAAUGGAUUUUAUGUCGUCCAAAAAUGGGUCAUUGCUUUCUCCAAGUGCUAAUACUAGAUAUCAGGCUACUGCAACUUCAGGACAAAGAGAGAGAGAAAUAGUUGAGCUGUUCCGGAAAGUUCAAGCACAAUUACGAGAGCGGGCUGCAAUCAAGGAAGAGAAGAAGAUUGCAGCUGCACAACAGGGUCAAAGCAAGAAGGGAACUGUCGCUUCGGUUCUCAAAUUAUUAAGGAGGCAUUCAGGGGAUCAGAAGAAGACAACUAGUCAAGGAGAGGAAUUUUCUGUUGAACAAGUAGAAAGAAGCAACACAUUUGAGGAUGAGCAGAAUAUAAAUCCCUUUGGCCCUAGUGAUAGCAAGUCAGAGGAGUCUGAUGUACCUCUUCCUUCUGCUAGGCCUGCCUCAAAUUUUAGUAGAAAAUCUCCUGUUCCUAGAAUGGAGUUGCAACCUGUACUUUCUGCAGAGGAGGAUAUCAACUCUGCUCCUUCCGAGCCACGAGGGGGAAGGAAGAAGACUGGCGAUUAUGAGUCUGUGCAAUCAGCACCUGUGGAGUCUGUUGUGUUGGAUGGUCCAGAUGAGUUAUCAUCAGAUGAUCAGUUGGAUCCUUCUGGUUCUGAUGAAACUAUAGAAUCAUCUUCUACCGAAGCUUCUCCUGAUUUGGGUUCCUUGAAACUUUCAGAAUUGAGGGAUCUUGCAAGGUAUCGAGGGGUCAAAGGAUAUUCCAAACUCAAGAAAGGAGAACUGGCAGAAUUAUUGAGUGCUUGAUGGUUCACAUGAACGGUAAAAGAAAAAAAGUAUGAUUGUAUAUAUGUAGCUCAUCUUUUCCAUGUUUUGUUUUUGACAAUUAAAUAUUGUUUAUUGUUGUUUUGGGAGUUCGUUUUCUCCAUUGUCUUA